AGGGGCGGGGCCGCGCUAGCAUCCGCGCCAUCAGUCCUCAGGUGGCGGUCCAGUCCGUGUUGUAUAUGGUUUUCCCAGCCAAGCGGUUGUGUUUGGUGCCAUCCAUGGAGGGCGUGCGCUGGGCCUUCUCCUGUGGCACUUGGCUACCGAGCCGAGCCGAAUGGCUGCUGGCGGUGCGGUCUAUCCAACCCGAGGAGAAGGAGCGCAUCGGCCAGUUCGUCUUCGCCCGGGACGCUAAGGCAGCCAUGGCUGGUCGUCUGAUGAUAAGGAAAUUAAUUGCAGAGAAAUUGCAUAUCCCUUGGAAUCAUAUUCGUUUGCAAAGAACAGCAAAAGGAAAACCAGUUCUUGCAAAGGACUCCUUGAAUCCUUACCCGAAUUUCAACUUUAACAUCUCUCAUCAAGGGGACUAUGCAGUGCUUGCUGCUGAACCUGAGCUUCAAGUUGGGAUUGAUAUAAUGAAGACUAGUUUUCCAGGUCGUGGUUCAAUUUCAGAGUUCUUUCAUAUUAUGAAAAGAAAGUUUACCAACAAAGAAUGGGAAACAAUCAGAAGUUUUAAUGAUGAAUGGACUCAACUGGAUAUGUUUUAUAGGAACUGGGCACUGAAAGAGAGCUUCAUAAAAGCCAUUGGUGUGGGACUUGGAUUUGAAUUGCAGCGCCUUGAAUUUGAUAUAUCUCCAUUAAACUUGGAUAUAGGCCAAGUUUAUAAAGAAACACGUUUAUUCCUGGAUGGGGAGGAAGAAAAAGAAUGGUCCUUUGAGGAAAGCAAAAUAGAUGAUCAUCAUUUUGUUGCUGUAGCUCUUAGGAAACCUGAUGGAUCUAGAUAUCAGGAGGUCACGUCUCAGGAUGAUUCUAAGCCAUCCCAGAGGCAGUUUACUAUUCUUAACUUUAAUGAUUUAAUAUCAUCUGCAGUUCCCAUGACACCUGAAGACCCUUCAUUUUGGGACUGUUUUUGCUUCACAGAAGAAAUUCUAAUACGAAAUGGCUCUAAGUCAUGAUGUGAUUCCCUAUGUGGAAAAGGAAAGUGAAAAUUGUUUGUAAUCUUCCAUAUUCAGUGAAAAAUAAAUACUUGAUACAAUCAAGCUUCACAAAACAGGUUUUGAAAAAUAUCUAAAAGCUUUUAGGUACUACAGAGAAACCUCCAGUUCAGGACAGCCCACUAGAAUUUUUGUUUACUUAUUCCUGUCCAAAUGGCAUUGUGUUGAGGGAAAUGGAAAGGGUAGCAGAAUCUUUUAGUGAUGAUACAUAUGCAUUGUAGAAAAUAUAAAAAUGCAAUUAGAGUAAAGGAAACAUUUCAAUCUACUUUUUCAGAUACCUACUCUUAAAACUUUGGUAUCUUCUCUGACCUUUUUAUUGAUAAAAAGAAUGCAAAUUAACAGGGUCUUUCUUUUAAAAAAGGGAAUGUACUUGGGAUUUUUUAAAACUGCAUCUACUGCUCAUAACAUCUCUAUCACAUAAACUUGUGUUGGUUUUAAAGUACCCUUGGUAUGACUAACAUAAAUUAGGAUGCUCUUAAGGAGAGAUUUUUAUUUUGCCUAACACCAGCUUCUGAGGUGUUAUUAAAGACAUCUUUGCCUCAGUUAUUGAGUUUGCCUUAAGCUCAUCCUCUUCCUCUAUCAUCAUAACUGCUGCUGUAACUUUGUUUUUUAUCUUCAUAAAAUUACAUAUAUAAGACCAUUUCUUGUAUAAUGUUGAUUUUACCAGGGAGGAAAACAUCCCCCCAAAGCCCUCAGACUUUCCCCUAGUCCCAUCCUCUCACGUUUGGGUGCAGCGUCUGACCCUUUCGUCACUAUUAGAAGUAGACUCUUAGAAAGGAAGAUGCUGAGGCAGGUGCGGGAAGAUGGCGUUGAGAUGAAGCUUUACUUCCUGCUGUAAGAAAAUUGUGCCAUAGUGUACUUGUUUUCUUCUGUGUUGGACAUCUUGUCGACAAGUUAUUACUCUAAGCAGUAGUGCAGUGAAAACCUUUGUACAUAUUGAGGUACAUCCUUAGUUAUGUUCUCAGGCAGCUUUUACAAGUGGAAUGACUGGCUAAAAAGGCUUAAACCAUUUUUAGAACAUUUGGUAAGUAUUAGCUUGCUCUUCACAAAGGCUGUCCAAUUUAUACUUCCGGUUAUUAGUGUACAUAUGACUGUUCCUUUGUACUUCCUGGGCAACUAUAUGGAUUUUUUUUCCUGUGCCUUUAUAACUAAAAAGCUUAUCAUUUUUAAAAUUUAUAUUUCAUCACAAAUCAGUUUGAUAUGUCAGUGUUGUUAUCAACUCUUUGUAUUCCUUUUUUUUUAUGAGCCUCUUGUUCAUCUCUUUAUUUUAGUGAGUAGAACUUAAAAUGCAAACGUAAUAUAUUAAGAUGUCAAGACCAUCAUAUUGAUUGACAGAAUCUCUCAUGUAGCUGCGGUUGUGGUGCCUGUCUGGGGGAGUUAGUCUAAUUGUCUAAAUACCAAGAAGUAAAAUAAUGUCAUUGUUUCUCUUACUAACAUUAAAAAUUGUGUGUAAACUGUACAAAACUAGGUACUUAGUAAGAAAGUUACAGUAUUUUUCUUUUUUAAAUUUUAUUAAGCAUGGUUAGUUGUUCCCAGCAUAAGAAAUAACAUUUUUAGAUGAACAAGUAGGAUUUCCAUGAGUGUAAUGGUGAUAUGAAAAACACCUGUCUUGUCAUUGUAUUAAUAAAGUGAUGAACAGUUACA